CUCCCCGCAAGAGAGAGAACAGCAGCACAAGGAUGGCAUUUCUGACAGCAGUCCUGUGCUUUGGUUUUGCCUGCAUGGUGCAAGGGGUGCCCUCCUGGCUAGAGAGCAGAAUUCCUCUCUUAGGAUCCAGUGUGGCAUCAAAGCACCCGAGUCUACUGGAUGGAAACAGACAUCAUAGAGAUUUGAAAUACCCUUUUUAUAUGAUGCAGCUGUACCAGAACCUUGUCAUGGCAAACGAUACAGGGCUUGCCCGUGGGCACAACACUGCCACUAAGGAAUACGACACUGUUCUGAGUCUCUUUGCAAAAAGGUGCACGGAAAGUGAGAAACGUUGGACGCUGUCCUUUGACAUGUCAGCUGUCUCCAAGAGCAGUGAGCUGAAGUUGGCAGAACUAAGGAUUCAGCUUCCACACAUUGAAAUGUCACACAAUGUGACCGUGGAUGUGUACCACACUAGAGAUGGGGAAGAGAAUCUCUAUCUGGGAUCAUUUGAGGCAAACCCUUUCUCUACCAAAGGCUCACCAUGGAAAGUCUUUAACGUAACUAGGAUUCUGCAGCAUUAUUUCAAGGAAGGGCAGGAUAUUAAAAGUGAAUACCUAAGAACAAAGGACAGGGCAGAGAGAGGCUCGGGUAUGAGCAGUGCAGAGUUCCUAGAUUCCCCGGGAGAUUCCCCACAGUAUAAUCCCCAUCAUACCCCUCUGCGUAGAUAUCUUUCUACAGAGGGAGUCAUGCUUGUGUUGUUUACCAAAGUCAAGCCCUCUGUCAACCACAUUGGCUUUCCCAGCCUCAUCAAGACAGCGGAGUCAUCCAAAUAUGUUGACAUGGAGAAAGCUAGCAGGAUGCCUGGUAUUAGGAGACACAGGCGGAACAAGAAUGAGAAGCAUCACUUAUCCAUGGGAAGCAUCCCAUCCAGACAUGUUGAUAAUGGGAAACCUCUCUGUCGAAGAGUGGACAUGAUUGUGAACUUUGAAGACAUCGGAUGGGGCAACUGGAUUGUCUAUCCAAAAAAGUACAACGCUUACAGGUGCGAGGGAGCGUGUCCAAUUCCACUCAACGAGACCUUCAAACCAACAAACCACGCCUACAUGAAAAGUGUGGUCAAGUUGUACCAGCCCGAAAAAGUGGAGUGUCCAUUGUGCGUCCCGAUAAAGAUGAGCCCUCUCUCAAUGUUGUAUUAUGAGGGCGACGAGGUUGUUUUAAGGCACCACCAAGAGAUGAUUGUAGAGGAGUGUGGGUGCAGUUAAAUAUGUUUCCUAGCCUACACAGUAACUGUUGUCAUUUAUAUCCAUCCCUUCUGUAUGAAAAGUGUGUAAAUAUCAUGUAGAUAUGUAAAUAGUGGAGAUGUAUAUUUUGUAUUUAUUAAUGGUAGUAAUAAGCAAUUAUUUGUGUCAAAUUAAAGAUAUGCGGGUUUAAACAUUUGUAUUAUUUUUGCUAUUUUGAUAAGUUAUGCUUUGGUUCUGUUGCAAUAAACUAUAAAACUUA